AAUUAGGUGACGUCACUAAAUCUUCACAGCCACUUCCUGGUGCUGUUUGUUGUGGAAAUACCGUGGAACUGAAACAGCCAACUGUACAGAUCAGGAACAAGGAAGAAACAUCGCUACUAGCUAGAAUACAUCUUUAUAGCAUGUGGUGUCAGCGGUAGGUAACAGGCUGAAAGGUUGAACUAGUUACGGACCUCUCGUUGCUUCGGAACGCAAGCUUGGUCUGGAACAGCAAAGCCGGUGGCGCGAGCUGUCGCGAUGUUGUGAACGAUGGACAGCAGAAUAAACGAGUUUCCCGAGAGGACGUUUGAUUUGGUACUACAGGUUGCAUGCCCAACAUCUGAAAAUGAAGAUCCUACCGUGCGGUGGAGCUUCCCCCAGGACUACACAGACCAGGAGGUUCUCCAGACGGUGCCCAAGUUCUGCUUCCCCUUCGAUGUGGAGAGGGUUUCCCAGAGUCCGGUGGGCCAGAACUUUACCUUUGUGCUGACGGACAUCGAGAGCAAGCAGAGGUUUGGCUUCUGCAGACUCACGUCCGGCUGCCGUGUCUGCAUCUGUCUGCUCAGUUAUCUGCCCUGGUUUGAGAUCUAUUACAAGCUCCUGAACACGCUAGCAGAUUACCUAACCACAAACCAGGAGAAUGAGCUGAAUGACAUGCUGAACUCUCUGUACAGUCUGCCGGUGCCAAAGCCCUUCACCCCCGUCAACCUGAGUGUGACCGCACUGUUGCAUAUAGCCACUGGGCAAGUACUGAAAGAUGCACCAAGCCAGCAGCCGCACUCCUACUUCAUAACACCAGAUAUCAACGGCCUGCCCACCAUCCCGGAGAGUAGGAACCUGACAGAGUAUUUUGUGGCGGUGGACGUCAACAACAUGCUACAGCUGUACGCCAGCAUGCUGCACGAACGGCGCAUUAUCAUUACCUCAAGCAAGCUUAGCACUUUAACAGCAUGUGUCCACGGUUCAGCUGCCAUGUUGUACCCCAUGUACUGGCAACACAUCUACAUCCCUGUACUGCCUCCACAUCUUCUGGACUACUGCUGUGCCCCCAUGCCAUACCUGGUAGGAGUUCAUCUCAGCCUGCUCGAGAGAGUGCGUAGCAGGUCGUUGGAGGAUGUAGUGAUACUAAACGUUGACACCAACACACUAGAGAGUCCCCAGAAUGACCUGCAGAACCUGCCCAGUGACGUGCUCCACUCUCUGAAGAGUAAGCUGAAGAAGCAGUCGACAGCAACAGGAAGUGGAGUAGCGAGGUCCUUCCUCCGAGCUCAGGCUGCUUUGUUUGGAUCCUACAGAGACGCCCUUCGAUACAAACCUGGGGAACCAAUCACAUUCUGCGAGGAGAGUUUUAUGGCUCACCGCUCCAGCACCAUGAAACACUUCCUGGAGAUGGCUGUCAACCUGCAGCUCUUCAAACAGUUUAUUGACGGCCGUCUGGCCAAGCUGAAUGCGGGAAGAGGCUUCACUGACCUGUUCGAGGAGGAGAUCACUGAGGGAGGUUUCUGUGGAAGUAAUUCCAAGUCUUAUCAACAGUGGGUGCACACCGUCAAGAGAGGCGGAGCGCUGAUCAACACUGCGGUGACCAAGGCCAAGAGUCAUGCCAAGAGGGGCAUUCGCAGGCUUAAACAAAGGGAAGAGGAGGAGGGUAGGCCAAUCUGUUCAGGGUCUCCCACCAGCACCAAGAGUCUUUCGCCACGGAGAAUGGAGAAGAAGAGACAGCAUUAUGACACCAAGUGUCCCAUGGGAUGUCCUGACUUUGCCAUCGAUGACGAUGAAGAGGACACUGCCAACAAGAUCUCGUCUGAGGACAGUGGGGAGGUGGCGUCUUACACAGAGGACAGCGACGAAUCCUAUUCGCUGGAGCUGGACACAGACUCCUCCCACACGGGCCAGAUGACCCUAUUGGAGGAGAUCCUGGACUCUCUGAGCACCACCAGCACAGAGCACGGCAAACUCAGCGCCGCCAAGAGCCUGGACUUCAGUUCGAUGGACAACAUCAACUACAAGGCAACGAACACCUCCAACCCAGUCAGUGAGAGCAACCUGCCCCAGGUGUGUACUAGUGGCAGUGGGGUGGUGGGGAGAGGAGGUGUUGGAGGAGGAGAGCAGGGAGGGGGCUGGCAGGAUGAUGGUGCCCUCCACGGGAAGCACCUGCCCCCCUCCCCACGUAGACAGCUCAGCAAGAGCAGCCUCAAGAGGCAGAAGCAUAUCCUCUCAACAUCCUCUCCACCUGUCCUAGCUCCAGCCUCAGAGCAGGACAACCAGGUCCCCAAUCUCCAGCCCAAGACCCAGGCCCCUCAGACCAAGGCCCAGCAUAAAAUCCAACCUAAUCCCCAGGCCCUUUAUGACACACCCGCUAUCUGUCUCUCUCAGCUCUGUCCAGAGUCUUCACUCCCCACACCUCCAGCACCAUCCCUGGGAGACCACCACAUCUCAUCCAACCGGUCUCCAGCACCAUCCCUGGGAGACCACCACAUCUCAUCCAACCGGUCUCCAGCACCAACUCGUGCCUCCACAUGCAAUCGUCCACUGGCAACAGACACACCACCGCUAACCCACACUAGAGAGUCCCCAAACCCCCAGUUGCUCAGCCCUGAGUCCGAACCCCAGACCACCUCCAGCAUCCUGCGGAGGAAGGUGCUGUCCAAGGAAACGAUGAGGCAGUACCAGGACAAGAGUCUCCGGAGGCAGGGCAGCAAGAACCGAGAGAGUCUGGGGGUGAAGGCCAGGCAGCCUUCAGUGCUGGUGCCCUGGGAGAGAGAGAGCCCAGAGGAGAUGGGUCAGGGAGAGGAGCUGGAGCAAGAACAGGGCAGGGUCUCAGGGGCAGAGGUCCAAGAGAAAGGACUUCUGGAGGAGAUAGAUUCCAUGUGUCAUCUCGGCCCAGACUUUCAGACCAGCCUACAACUGUCCCAGGUCCACUGCAAAAACAACAACACACAUGAUAAUACCCAUUACAACAACCACAGCCACAGCAAAGCCACAGACAAGUCUUGAGACAGAAGCAGGGCCAGGGACAAGGGACAGGGGUGGUUGAGGUAGAAGUUGCCUCCAACCACAGAUCUACAAUCAGACUGCCCUCCUCAAAUCCUAACCACUGAGGGAAGAAAUGCAAAACCAGACCUUGGACCGCAGGAAGUCAAAAACAGACCAGGAAGUCGCCGUGACACUGCCAGGCAACUGGAGAUGAUGCGUGUGUUCGCCCUGAUAUGACUCUUUGAUUGACUUACCCUUGUUUUUUCCCCUCUUCCUGCCAAGUUUAGGGGUCUGAGUUGAAGACCGGUUAUCUCGGUUCUCUUUCUAACCUGCUACAGAAUUUAAACAAACCGUCUAAUAAAUGAAACAAAGACUGACCAUGUAAACAAAGACUGACCAUGUAAACAAAGACUGACCAUGUAAACAAAGACUGACCGUGUAAACAAAGACUGACCAUGUAAACAAAGACUGACCAUGUAAACAAAGACUGACCGUGUAAACAAAGACUGACCAUGUAAACAAAGACUGACCAUGUAAACAAAGACUGACCGUGUAAACAAAGACUGACCAUGUAAACAAAGACUGACCAUGUAAACAAAGACUGACCGUGUAAACAAAGACUUAGCGUGUAAACAUAGACUGACCGUGUAAACAAAGACUGACCGUGUAAACAAAGACUGACCGUGUAAACAAAGACUUAGCGUGUAAACAAAGACUGACCGUGUAAACAAAGACUUAGCAUGUAAACAAAGACUGACCGUGUAAACAAAGACUUAGCAUGUAAACACAGACUGACCGUGUAAACAAAGACUGACCGUGUAAACAAAGACUGACCGUGUAAACAAAGACUGACCGUGUAAACAAAGGGAAAAUAUGUGGUGGAUUUUAACUCACAUGAAAUGGUACAUAUUACUCAUUUACAUGGUACUAAAAGAUGAGUGUGUUUUAGUUAAUAGAGAAGAGAUUUAGUUUCCCUCAGAUCUGAAAGUAUUGUAAGGACACAAAGUAACCCCCCCCCCCCCCCCCCCUGACCUAAGUAACAGUUCCGUUGUAUAGUUGCCUAACACGAUGCCUUAAACAGAGCUGUGAUUUGCUUUUGGCACGGCUCAGUCUUAAAAUGUCUAAUAUAUAUUUAUAGCUGUUACUUCUGGAAAUGUUUGAUCUGCUUAGAUCCACUGUCACAUGUCAUGAAUGUGGAAAAAUGGACAGCUUUUUCACUGCACGUAAAGAUAGUCAAGGUAGUUUAAUAUAUGUUGCUCCGUUUUGUCUAUUUAGAGAUGUAUGUUUCUCAGGAUGCUCCUGUUAGUCAGGACAUAAAGGAGAAGAGGAGCUGUGUAAACCGAUGAUAGGAAUAAAUAGACAAUCCUCUCUCUCUCUUUCUCUCUUUUUCUCUUUCUCUCUCUCCAUCUCUCUCUCUGUCUGUUUUUCUCACUCUCUCUCUCUGUUUCUCUUCAUCUCGCUCUCUGUUUCUCUCCAUCUCUCUCUCCAUCUCUCUCUCUGUUUCUCUCCUUCUCUCCACUUCUUCCUGCUCGCCUUCAUUCACCUUUCCUUGCUCACCAUCUUAUAACAUCUCUUUCCAUCCUCCUCUCUCUUCCGUCCUUCCCCCUGGUUUUUGGUGCUGACAGCUAAAAUGGAGGCUGACAGCUAAAAUGGAGGCUGACAGCUAAAAUGGAGACCAGUAGAGUUGAGUGCUUUAGGUGGAGUGGGAUUUCACAAACUAAAAUCGUUGUUAUGUGCGCACACCAAAUGAAAUGCAAGCUUUCUCCUAAACACUGAGGUGACGCUUUCACACUGUGUUUUACCAGAAGGCUUGAGAUGAUUGUAGAAGGAUAACGAAGCAAUACGGCUCUCUUCAGAGAGUAUGGACAGAUGUCUGAAGUGAUUUUUUUUUUUAAAUCUCCCAUGGAGAGAAUGCAAGCCCUUUGGGUAAUGUCCAGAGAUUGUGACCACUCACUAUAUUACCACUAUAGUACAUACAGACAGAAGAAAGUAUUGUCCAGUGUUUGUUUGUGGUUAUGUUAUGAUGAUGAGUUUAGCCAGUUUUCUCUAGUGCUGUUGGGUGUGCCAAUUUAGCGGUAGCUCCCUCCCUGACUGCCGGGCUGUGCUAACGAUGAGGUUGUAAAGUGUUCGCCGUGGUUCUGAGAAGUCCCUCGUCUACGCUAUUAAUUUGGAUUUGAAAGGGCCUGUGUACAAUUUGUUGGCCUGUUUUAUUUCACUCCCCAAAAUAUUACCUAUUUGGACAGUUUUGAAGUUUGAAAGCUGUCAAUAUACUAUGCAACAAACAAAAAACAUUUAAAGUUGAAUAGAUUUUUACUUUACCACUAUUCAUGAAUUGUAAUCAGAUCAGGUAAUUGAUAAUCAUAUUUGUAAAUCCAUUGAUUAACUGAUGGUUUCAUUAGAUUGUUUGUCAUUUGGCCAAAAUGUGGGUUUGUGUGUAAGAAUGAAGGGUGUGCCUUACAGUAUAUGAGUAAUACUCAGUGUGGUCAACACAAGGUGUUAGGGAGAAAAUGCCAUUGCUAAUGUGUCUUUAAGCUGCAAUAUGUAACUUUUUGGGUGACCUGACAAAAUUCAGAGUUAUAGAUCUGUCGUUCUCAUUGAAAGCCAGUCUUAGAAGCGAAGCGGUAGAUCUGUUCUGUGUGCUCUAUUUCUAUGCUUAGCAUAUGGGUCUUUUACUUUUCGAUUUUGUACACCAGCUUCAAACAACUGAAAAUAAAAAAUGUUGGUUAUUGAAAAGAUAUUUCACAGCGGUUUAGAUGGUAUGAUGAUUCUCUAUACAAUACUUAGUUGUUUUGUCGUGAACUGUUACAAUUUUAGGAACCAGGAAAUGGAGGAAUGAUUUCCGCGUAGUGGAUCUUUUAAAAGAGGUCAAGUCCUCUCAACAUUUCAAUAGCUGUUGUCUGCAGUGUUUCUGCAUGUAAAACCACUGGCCCACUCGGUGAUGAGACUCAGAGAUUAAACCACAUCCUUAAAUGAAUGUUGUCAGUUCUUUAACCUAUGAAACAUAGAGUCUAGUAGAUCAAAUAGGUUGAACUGUCAUUCUAUCUCUGUUUUCCAUGUUUAUUAUCAAGCUUAGCUUACUGUGUGUGCUGGUAGUGUUUUUCUCUUUGCUAGUAUUUCAAUGAUCUUUCUGACUGAGCUCACAAAAUAGAGAAUGAUCUUGCUAUUUCUUUGUUGGAAGAUGUUCUCUAUGUAGUUCUAUUUCAAGCUUUGUUUCAGAAUGAUGAAAUAUUAUUUUCCUGAUUACAGUAUUUUAAAAGGAGUCUGAUAAUAUAUAGUAUAUUGUAUCAUGAUUCACAGAACAAACACCUAAAAUGUUAUUGUUGUUAGAUCUUAUUUUGGGGAAAAUAGGCGUUUUUGUAUGAUUUAAAACAAGGUGUUAAAAACUCAAACAAUUUUCCAUCCAGUCACUAAAGCAUGUUACAGUAUUUCAGUUCAUGAGGUGGCAGAAAUUCUUGCAAUUAAUUGACUUUAUUUUUCAGUUUUUUGUUAUACUUGUAUAUAUGAAUGAUGUCUUUUUAAAUUCAAAAUGUUUUAGUUUUUUUCCUUCAAAAUAUUACCCUGCUAAUCUUAUUUAGUUGUUGAAUGGUUAUUUUCUUCUUCUUUUUGUUUGUUAAUCAAAUCAAAUGGAGAGAAAGAAAGACUGUGUCAGGUCCGGUGGUAUUGUCCAAUAUCCUUGCCUUGCAAACAUGGUGUUGAAAUACUGUACUUAGUAGUUAUUUUAUUAUCAAACUGAAUUUAUUUCUCAUGUACUACAUGACUACUGUAUUUAACUGCUGUGGAUUGUGAUUGGUUUACUUGAGCAAUGUCUUCCUAACACAGUCGGCAAGGAAUCCUGUGUGGCUGAUUAUCAGUGUACUGAACAGCUGGUAUUUGUAUGACUGAAUGUCUGGUUACUGUCUCACUACUUACAUGCUGAUGCAGAAGAAAACAGGAUAAAAGCUGACAGCUUCUAUUCUCUUAUGAUUACAUUUCCCUUUUUCCUAAUACCCAUGUGAUAUUAAAGAUCAAAACCACUGAUUGUCAAGAAAACUAACGGAGGCAUAUCGCUUGUCUUGUAAAACAUCCAUUUAGUGACUGACAGUACUGAGAGGGACACAGUUCAUUCAUUCACCUUGUUCACUGGUCCCUAGACAUGGUACUGUAAUGAUUUGAAUAUGCCGUGUACAACCUACUGAAGUCUAGUGUGUACAAACUUACUUGACAUGGUACUGUAACUUACUUGUAUGUUCUCAAUGCAGAGAAGAAAACAACAUGCAGGUGAAUGUAACAUGCUAUGGACUGAGUGGUGCAACUCUAUCCACUGUGUCCACUGUGAACUUAAACAUUCAUUAUGUUCAUGUAUAUGCAACAUUUUCCUGUAUUCCAUUUUCAAGUCUAUCUCAAUAAAUAAUAAUACGAAAGAUCA